GUAGCAAGAUGGCAAGCAACGGCUGUUAAUGUAAGUUAUGAACAAGCUCUCCUUAAUGUGCCACCUACUCGCGUGACAAUGCUGGAUAAUGGCAUGCGGGUAGCCACCGAGGACUCUGGCACCCCUACAGCUACUGUAGGUCUCUGGAUUGACACCGGCUCUCGCUUUGAGACAGAUGCCAACAAUGGAGUGGCCCACUUCUUGGAGCAUAUGGCAUUUAAGGGUACUUCGAAAAGAUCUCAGACGGACCUUGAGCUAGAAGUGGAGAACAUGGGCUCUCACCUUAAUGCCUACACCUCCAGGGAGCAGACAGUCUUCUAUGCUAAGUGCUUCUCCCAAGAUGUGCACAAGGCUGUGGAAAUUCUCUCAGACAUCAUCCAAAACAGCAAAUUUGGAGAGGCAGAAAUUGAACGAGAACGUGGAGUCAUUCUGCGCGAGAUGCAAGAAGUUGAAAGCAACCUUCAAGAGGUUGUCUUUGACCAUCUUCAUGCUGUAGCAUUUCAAGGAACACCUCUUGGGCGUACAAUUCUUGGACCAACCAAGAACAUAAAGUCUAUCAGUCGGUCUGACUUGGUCGAGUAUAUCACAACACACUACAAGGGCCCACGAAUUGUGCUAGCAGGUGCCGGUGGUGUUGACCAUGGUGCUCUUGUCAAGAUGGCAGAGCAGCAUUUCAAGGGACUGGGUAUUGCCUACGAGGGUGAAAUUCCACUAGUGGCUCCAUGUCGUUUUACAGGCAAGCUAGAAAUUCGUGUGCGUGUGACAGCCCUGCCUUUAGCUCACAUCCUGGCAGUGGAGGGUGGGUUUGGGUGAUCCGACAACACCCCCUCAUUUUGAAUUUUCCCCGUUGGUUCUUGGGACCCCACUCACGGUGGAGGUGCUCAAAAAUGCUUCUAACUUGCUAGGUGAGCUGCUGUCAUAGGCAAUCUUUGCCAUUCAUUCCAAUCAUUUAACACAUGCUACAAAGACACUGGCCUGUGGGGAAUAUACUUCGUUUGCGAGCCACUUAAAAUUGAGGACUUCAUGUACAAUCUGCAGUCAGAAUGGAUGAGGCUGUGCACUAACGUUACUGAAUUUGAAGUAGAUCGCGCUAAAAACAUUUUGCGUACUAAUUUGCUGUUGCAAUUGGAUGGUACAACUCCUGUGUGUGAAGACAUUGGCCGCCAGAUGUUGUGCUACAACAGGCGUAUCCCUUUACACGAGCUUGAUGCUAGAAUUGAUGCUGUGAAUGCAGAUGUUGUUAGAGAUACUUGCCACCGUUAUAUUUAUGACAGGUGUCCUGCUGUUGCUGCAGUUGGCCCUUGUGAGGCCCUACCUGACUACAACCGCAUUCGAUCUAGCAUGUACUGGUUAAGAGUGUAGGAGUAUUAAUUUAAAAGAUGUGUACUGUGCUGACAUCCUGUAUUCCAGUUCUGGCAAAAUAGGAUUGUUUAUGAAUAAACCUAGUGUAACAAAGAUUUUACAUAAGGAAAUGUAUCAUAUAUUAUAUAGUAAGAACAUUGUACAUAGAUGCUUACGUUUUGAAAAUUACAGUACCAAAAUAUAAAAA